AUGAGAUGUCACAGACGGCGGGAGCAUCGCCAGUGCGAACGGACGCCGCACAGGCUCGCCAACAUGCUCGCCAAACUCCUGACGACGCUGUGCCUGGUCGCUCUCGCGGCAGGCGUCGAUGAAUUGCCUUAUCCCAUACUCCAUACCAUGGGAAUAUAUCCAUCUCAACACAUUACAGUGUCAUCCAGACUGUCAUCCCCCGACGUGGUGCUGUUCGACGGCCCCCACUACUACAUGCCACAAUGCCUGGGAGUACUCGACGCGACUCACUUAUGUGGCCUCGAGGGCAUAACAGGUAUCGAAGUGAAGAUUUCGGAUCCCAGCGACUUCGCCCAAGUGAAAAUCGAUAUAAAGAACAACAGGGUGUCAUUCCGCCGUCGGGGAGAGCAUGACGUGAACUGUAAGGGAGUCGCUUUGGUGGACUUGCGCCUCAGCUGCGACCACUAUAAGUUCUCGAACAGCCGCAACCGCCUGCGCCUCCCCGGCCUCCUGGCGUCAGACGAGGACGUCGAGGCCGCGGAGGAGGACCAGGACGCCGUGUAGUCGGGCGCCGACGGAUGAGCAGCGACGUGAAAUCGUCACCUUGCAUAC